UUCCUUGAAAAAUUGUGGGGGGGAAAUGUGGAAUUGAAACAAAACUGUUGUUAUGAAAGAGACUGUGAGAGAGGGAGGACUAUAGUGGGUGGAUCUUGGCCAACUUCCUUCUCUUACGGCGUGUUGAACUACCAGAUCAGUCAAGAGUUUCAUCAGAGCGCUACACUAGCAAUGCAAGUGGCGCACGUGGACCGCAAACUCUCCCGGCGACUAUUUUUUUUUAUUUUUUAUAAUAAUUGUUAAGGCAUUUGCUGGACACACAGUUUAAAUUUAUGUUUCGUUAGUCUUGUGUCUAUUCCGAACAAGAAACUGUGUCGUAUUUUCAUUAAGAUAUCUGUAACUUUGAACUCGUGCUAAAUUAAUUUAUAGUGAGAAUGUGGGCGCUGUCAGAGUAUUUUUUUUAAGAGUCACUCCAAAUCAUUUGAGCUCAUUAUGGUGGACAAAGGUCCCCUUCUGACUUCGGCUAUCAUUUUCUAUCUGUCAAUUGGGGCAGCAAUUUUCCAAGUCAUCGAGGAACCGAACUGGGAGGCCGCAGUAAAUAAUUACAAAGCAGAAAAGGAGAAAAUAUUGAAAAAAUAUCCAUGUCUUGAAAAGGCUGACCUGGACCACAUUCUAGAGGUGGUGUCUGAUGCUGCAGGACAAGGCAUCACCAUCACAGGAGACAAAACCUUCAACAACUGGAAUUGGCCCAAUGCUGUCAUCUUUGCAGCCACAGUUAUUACAACUAUAGGUUAUGGAAAUAUUGCCCCCAAAACGCCUUCAGGGAGGGUUUUCUGUAUCUUUUAUGGUCUUUUUGGAGUGCCGCUGUGUUUCACAUGGAUCAGUGAACUUGGAAAGUUUUUUGGUGGAAGAGCUAAACACCUUGGUCAAUAUCUUACUAAGAAAGGGGUAACAUUGCGGAAAACACAGUUCACCUGCACAGCUGUCUUUCUGUUAUGGGGUGUGUUGGUGCAUUUAGUGAUUCCUCCAUUUGUAUUCAUGUCUCAAGAGGGCUGGACCUAUAUUGAGGGCUUGUAUUUUUCUUUUGUCACUUUGACAACUAUUGGAUUUGGUGAUCUUGUAGCAGGUGUUGACCCCAAUGCUGACUACCCUAUUCUGUAUCGGUACUUUGUAGAGGUGUGGAUUUAUCUUGGUCUGGCAUGGCUGUCUUUGUUUUUCAAUUGGAAGGUGCGCAUGGUUGUGGAGGCUCACAAAGCUCUAAAGAAACGCCGUAAAAGGCGCAAACUUUCUCUGGAUGAGUUACAGCGCAUCAAGGCGAGUCACAAGACCCUACAUCUGCCACCAACUCCCAAUGAUGUCAACAUCUUUAGCUUCCUGUCCAAGAAAAAAGAAGAUUACAAUGACUUAAUCAAGCAGAUAGGUGUUGACAAGGAAGGAGAAGAACAAUGUGUCGGCUUCAUCACUGGAAGCAAGAAUAAAGCACCAAACCGCUCAAAGAGCUGCAGUGAUAGUCAUUCCAUUAAUGGAAAUUCCAUUCUCAGUCUAGACCGCUCACCUCGACAGAAGCGCCGCUAUAGCUUCAGUGAUAGAGUUACUGUAGCUCUCUCAAAAUCCAAGAGUUACCUUCUUAGCCAAGAAGAAUGCCUUCUCAUGAAUGAAAUGCAUGGGGAAGGAGAGACAGACACUGACCUAGACUGUAUAAGAAUGUAUAAGAAUCAGUUGGACAAGGAGGCAGGAGAGAAACACAAAGGUCAAGAACAUGGAGGAUGCAGUGAUGGCCGGAUCACAUGGGACUCCAAAAGUUACCAGACCCUCAUGUUUCCCAAUGCCAACAUUACCUUUAUUGAUGAAGAUAAUUUGCUAAACAACAACCUGGAGAAUGAUGAUAAUGCCUUUAUGCCUAAGUUCUCAACUGCUGAUGAGACCGAUUUCAAAGAGGAACAGGGCUCGGAAUCUGAGACCUCUAUAUUCAACACAGAUGGGUCAAACCAUGGCCACUCCUAUGAACAGCUGGUGGAAGAGUAUUCCAAAGAGGACAACACUGACAUUUGAUUCAGUUUUCUUUCCUAAACCUCAUUAAAGUUUUUCUUUCAUGAAAAAACGAAAUGACGGUGAAAACUAUAGUAAUAUAAGCUUUUACAUACAGCCCAUUUCCCAUUCACUCCUUUCAAAUGUGAUUUUACAUAACUAAUUUUUUUUUCUUUUGUUUUUUUCUUUUGUUUUUCUUUAUUCGGUGAUACAACAGACGUGUCUAAACUACAGGGUUUAAGAUUCACUAUGAACUGGAUCAUUAACAAUGCAUGUUCACUGCAUGUUUUUUCCACCAUAUUGGUGGAUUUUUUUCUUUCUUUCUUCUUUAGACAGAAAAAAAAAACUGUCAAUUUGCCAAAGCUUAAUCCUUAUUAGAUGCUAAACAUAUUUUUAUUGUCUUCCAUUUUAGCCCAAGGUAUUUUAUUUGGUAACCAUGUUAACCAGUUAGAUUUUAACUUUUAUUUGAAAUGUUGUCAUGAUUUGAAUUUUUAAUAUUGCGA